AUGCUCACCUUCGAGACUUCAUCCGUCUUGGGCGCUAAAGGAAUUGUUGAAAAGCUGUCUAGCUUGCCAUUCCAGAAGGUUAAGCACGAGGUUUCGACCUUCGAUGCCCAGCCCUCCCAAGGCAACGCCAUCGAAAUCCUUCUGACUGGUACUCUCCGGAUUGGCGAGGAUGCCAUGGGCUACACCCAGCUCUUCGAGCUCAGGCCUGAUAAUGGCAGCUACUUCGUCCUGAACGACAUAUUCCGUCUGAUCAUGUGA